ACAGUUAUACUACAGUAUUGCUGCAUUACUACACAAAUAUACUACAGUGUUACUGCAAUACUACAGUACAGUAUUGUAGUAUUACAGUACAGUAUUGCAGUAUUACACUACUGUAUUACAGUACAGUAUUUGAGUAUUACAGUACUGUAUUACAGUACAGUGUUGCAGUAUUACUGCAUUACUACACAGAUAUACUACAGUAUUACUACAAUACUACACAGUUAUAUUACAGUGUUACUGCAAUACUACACAGUUGUACUACAGUAUUACUGCAAUACUACAGUACUUUAUUGCAGUAUUACAGUACUGUAUUACAGUACAGUGUUGCAGUAUUACAGUUUACGCUACAGUUUACAGUACAGUAUUAUAGUAUUACAGUGCAGUAUUACAGUAUUACAGUGCAGUAUUGCAGUAUUACAGUGCAGUAUUAUAGUAUUACAGUACAGUAUUGCAGUAUUACAGUACAGUAUUGCAGUAUUACAGUACAGUAUUAUAGUUUUACAGUACAGUAUUGCAGUUUUACAAUACAGUAUUGCAGUAUUACAGUAUAGUAUACAGUACAGUGUUGCAGUAUUACAGUACAGUGUUGCAGUAUUACAGUACAGUAUUAUAGUGUUUCAGUACAGAAUUAUAGUAUUACAAUACAGUGUUGCAGUAUUACAGUUCAGUAUUAUAGUAUUACAGUACAGUAUUGCAAUAUUACAGUACAGUAUUAUAAUAUUACAGUAUAGUAUUAUUGUAUUUCAGUACAGUAUUAUUGUAUUUCAGUACAGUGUUGCAGUAUUACAGUACAGUAUUAUUGUAUUUCAGUACAGUAUUAUAGUAUUACAGUACAGUGUUGCUGUAUUACAGUACAGUAUUAUAGUAUUACAGUACACUAUUGCAGUAUUGAAGACAAAAGUAAUUUUCCCACUGUUCAGACUCCACCCACUUUCCCAUCACAAUGUAAAUAAUGUAUAUUAGUGAUGUCAUCAGUGAUGAUAGUAAAUGUGGUGUUUACAUGUCUGUGCCACCUCCUGGUGUGGC